GUUACGGUGUCUACGUCAGACGCUCAGAGCGAAACUAAUUUGUCAAACCAGAUGAAACGACAGCGAAAGAAAACCUUUGAAGGAAAAGCAUUUACUGGUAGCUGUUCUUAGUUUUUGUUAUAGUCUCCGGCUGCUCCGUUAUAUUUUAAAGGAAGAUGGAUCCGAGCGACGACACGCAAAGCGCACCGUACAGCAGCCCUGUUUGUGUGCACAACCCACAUCUGGAUUCACUCAAGGAUGACAUCCUCUACCACUUCAGUCUAGGAACUAGAACUCAUAACCUGCCUGCGAUGUUCGGUGAUGUCAAAUUUGUGUGUGUUGGAGGCAGUGCCUGGAGAAUGAAAUCCUUCAUUGAGUACAUAGCUGCUGAGCUCAAAAUGGAAGACCCCAAAGCAGAUUAUCCCAACAUAUGUGCUGGAACAGAUCGUUACGCAAUGUACAAAAUCGGACCUGUCCUUUCUGUCAGUCAUGGGAUGGGAAUUCCAUCUAUUGCUAUAAUGUUGCACGAGCUAAUAAAGCUCCUCCAUCACGCACAUUGCACAGAUGUAACAAUUAUACGCAUUGGAACAUCAGGGGGAGUGGGGCUUGAACCUGGCACUGUUGUUGUUACCAAGCAGUCAGUGGAUGCAACUUUUCAGCCCAAGUUUGAGCAGAUGAUCUUGGGGAAGAUGGUGGUGCGCAACACUGAUCUGGACGAGGGCCUGGCCGAGGAGCUGCUGCAGUGCAGCAAAGAGCUGAACCAGUUUAAGACGGUCAUAGGCAACACCAUGUGCACACUGGAUUUCUAUGAAGGGCAGGCCCGUCUGGAUGGUGCUUUCUGCUCCUACACUGAGAAGGACAAACAGGAGUACCUGAUUAAAGCCAGAGAAGCAGGAGUCUGCAACAUUGAAAUGGAAUCAUCAGUUUUUGCUGCGAUGUGCAAACUCAGUGGUUUGAGAGCUGCCGUUGUUUGUGUAACGUUACUGAAUCGACUCAAGGGAGAUCAGAUGACCAGCUCUCAUGAAGUUCUUCAAGCUUACCAACAACAUCCUCAGAUUUUAGUCAGUUACUACAUCAAGAAACAUUUGAAGGCCAAAGUAGAACGCAACUAAGUGCAAUUUUACCAUUUGUAUGCACAUUCAUCAUGUUCACUUGAAAACUAUUAAGCGCUGAUUCAUAGCGUAUUAAAACAGCUUUAAGCUCUUUUUGUUAAAAUUCUUCGUUGCAGUAAUCUUGAAUAUAUUUUAAUGUUACUACUUCCAAUAGUUAUUUCAGAUCACAAAUCUUUUAUAUAUGUAUCAAUGCUAAUUUAGUUGAUUUAUUUCACCAUCAUGGCAGAUGAGUAUGCACUUUGGACUUUUUUACUCUUUUUUUUUUUUUUUUUUUACUUUUCAUUGAACAUAAUGUAACUGAACAAUAAUUGUAAUAUAGCAGCGCAUUGUCAUUAAAAUGUGUGACUUAAGGGAACUGGGUUUUUUUUUUAAAUGUUAAAUACUUUGAAUUUCACACGUGCUUUAACAGUAUCUCGACUGGCUGGAAUGGUUGAAAAACUUUUUGUGUGUGUCAGUGCUCACAGAGUGGUACUGAUACUGACCACAUGUUGUCACCUCCAUGUUGUUGGAUAACUCAAAAAAAGUAUGUCAUCAGGAUUAUUUUUAUGUUCAGAAUGUAAGUUGUUCUUUAAAAACAGAUUGUCACUGUAUUUGUUUUUUUAUUUUGCCUUUUACAUUGAGAACAUUACAACUGCAGAAAAAUAUGCAAAUAUUGGCCACAUAUUUAUUUGCAUAUAUUCAACUGAUGAAUAAAUCCUUAUACUGUC